GUCCGGCCCGCUGGGUUUCCUGCUAGUGGCCGCCGCUCCGCUUUUGUCCGCCCCGUCCAGCUAGAGGUCCAGAGAGCCUUCCUGGGGCCUUGGCUGCGGCUCCGGGUGUGGAGGUCGUCACCCGCCCGCCUGCUGCAGGACUGUGGUGAAGCAGAAAUGUCAUGGAAGAAGAGCUUAGUGGAUGAGAGCUGCUCACCUUAUGGCAGCUGGGAAGCAGAGAGAGAAGGAAAGUGCCCAAGAGAAGGAUAUGGACUGCAUUGGAAGGACCCUGAGAGACCCUCAAGCCAUGAAGUGGAGAUAGUGACUUUUGAGGAUGUGGCUGUGACUUUCACCAUGGAAGAGUGGACUUUGCUGAAUCCAUCUCAAAAGAACCUCUAUAGAGAGGUGAUGUGGGUAACUUUUCUGAACAUGGCUUCUAUAGGAACAACAUGGGAUAAGAAUAUUGACAUGGCAUACAAAAAUUGGUGGCAAAAUAUAAGGAAUGAAGAGGUAGAGAAAUGCUAUGAAUACAAAGCUUGGAAUCAACAUGAAGAUAUAUUACUUGAGACUCCAGAUGCUAAUGGGAACAUGGAAGAAACUGAUUUAAAAUCAUCUGAAAGCUUUGUUUGUACAGAGUCCCUGAUUGGUCAUUCAUUGCCAAACAUUCCCAUUAUAGCUCACGUUAGACACAAAAUAUGUGAGUAUGAGGAAUUUGAAGAGAAUUUGUCUAAAUGUAAUGAACCUGGGAACACCUGCAGUGAUUCUAAGUCCUUUUCAAAGCAAGGAAGGAAAAAGGCUGUAGAGAAACCCUACAAAUAUGAGCAUUAUGGGAAACCCUACUCUGGUCUUGGUGAAAAUACUCACCCUGAAAUGACCUCUGUAUGUAAGAAAAACGUGGAACUUUCUAAUGUAGCCAGUGACAUUCAUAUCCAUGAAAGUAGUGAGAAUGGGAGGAAUUCAUAUAUAUGUAAACAACCUGGUGAAACAUUCACUACCUUUUGUCAAAGACAAAAUCACUCUAAAGAAAAACCCUAUGAAUGUAAGCAUUGUGGGAAAUUUUUCACUGGAACCAAAUAUUUGAAAGUACAUGAAAGAAUUCAUACUGGGGAUAAACUCUAUGUAUGUCAACAAUGUGGGAAAGCAUUCACUACGUCAAAAUAUUGGAAAACACAUGAAAGAGUUCAUACUGGGGAAAAAACCUAUGUAUGUAAGCAGUGUGGGAAAGUAUUCAGUACGCACAAUAGUUGUCAAAGACAUGAACGAAUUCACACUGGGGAGAAACCCUAUGAAUGUAACCAAUGUGAGAAAGCAUUCAGUACUUACAGUUAUUGGAAAAUACAUGAAAGAAGUCAUACUGGCGAGAAACCCUAUGAAUGCAAGCAAUGUGGAAAAGCAUUCUCUUCACAUAGCUCCUGUAAAAGACAUGAACGAAGUCAUACUAGAGGGAAACCCUAUGAAUGUAAGCAAUGUGGGAAAGCCUUCACUACACUCUCUCAUGGGAAAAUACACGAAAGAAGUCACACUGGGGAGAAACCCUAUGAAUGUAAGCAGUGUGGGAAAGCAUUUUCCUCACACAGCUAUCGUAAAAGACAUGAAAGAAUUCACACUGGGGAAAAAUCCUAUGAAUGUAAACAAUGUGGGAAAUCAUUCACUACACUCUAUCGUGGGAAAAUUCAUGAAAGAAGUCACACUGGGGAGAAACCCUAUGAAUGUAAGCAGUGUGGGAAAGCAUUCAGUACACACAGGUAUUGUAAAAUACAUGAAAGAAGUCACACUGGGGAGAAACCCUAUGAAUGUAACCAAUGUGGAAAAGGAUUCACCACCCACAGUUGUUUUAAAAUACAUUUAAGAAUUCACACUGGGGAGAAACCCUUUGAAUGUAACCAAUGUCAGAAAGCAUUUAGUACCCUCAAUUAUUUGAAAGUGCAUGAAAGAAUUCACACUGGAGAGAAACCCUAUAAAUGUAACCAAUGUGGAAAAGCAUUCACUACACACAGCUGUUUUAAAAUGCAUAAAAGAAUUCACACUGGGGAGAAACCCUAUAAAUGUAACCAAUGUGAGAAAGCAUUCACUACACUUGAGUAUUGGAAGAUACAUGAAAGAAUUCACACUGGGGAGAAACCCUAUGUAUGUAAGCAAUGUGGGAAAGGUUUUCCUGUUCAGGACUUGACAGAUAAAGUCCCCAGCUUCCAGGAGCUUCUGGAGAUUCACAUCUGUAUGAAUCCCCAAACUGCUCAGCAUGUAGACAAGGUCCUCAGCGGCCAGGUUCCCCGAUGCCCCCUGUGCAAAGGGUCAACCUCCAAGUCCUGA